AUGGAUGAAUCAUAUAUCCACCAAAACUACGUCCGACACAAUGACAGCCUCUACUACCCUGACGACGUCCACAACAAGGCCCCGAAACCCAAGCACAAGGGACAGCCGCUCUGCUUUGUUGAUGACAUCCUUGACAGCGGCACUGAUGAGUCGAAGCUCUUGAUCACGCAGGUGUGGCCUUACCUGAAGGAUAACGUGGGUCGGCAAUACACCACGGACACGGCCAUGGAAGACGUGCGGGCGGGCUCGACUUGGCCUUCAGCGAGCUAA